GCUGAGGAUCCCGAUGCUUGGCGCACCAUCACUGAUAUCAAGAACGAUAGAGAGAUCAAGCUUAGUGACACCGACCUCAGGAUCAUACAGCGUAUCCGGAAGGGCUUUUUCCCUACUGGUCGUGGUGAUGGCGAUGAGGAUGAGGAAUUCCAGGUUGAGUAUGAAGACCGUAUAGAAGACAAAAUUCAUCCAAUGAGGACUCGAUACCCCUCGAAGAAGUCGUUCAUGCCGGACCAAGACGAGGCCCGUAAGGUCAAGAGAUUGAUCAAGCUCAUAAGGGCGGGAAUUAUCAAGCCUAAGGAGGAGAAGCCUGCGAAGGAGGAUCAUAACCAUCUCCAGAGUAACCGCCAGUGA